AGCGCCGCGCGCUUCGGGGGCUGCUCUCCCCCCGCCCCCCCGAGGAGCCGCAUAAAAGGCGCGCCUGUGAGACGCCCGGCACUUCGGGAACGGGCGGCGCGAUUGGAGGCAGAAGAGCAGAGCAGAGCAGAGCGGAGCGGAAGAUUGCGAGUUCGAAUCCAGCCAUGGCUAUGAGGCUUCACUUCAAGUUGCUGACGGGUGAGGUGCACACCCUGACCGUCUCACCGAACCACACCAUUUGGGAGGUGAAGGUCCUGCUGGAGCGCAAGAUGGGGUGCCGUCGCUACCACCAGAAGCUGGCGCCUCCAGCAGGCAGUGGCCUCAUCCUGAAUGAUUCCAAUUCGGUUGCGGGCUGCGGGCUGCACUCGGGAGACACCCUCGCCCUCCUGGUCAAGCUGGAGGAGCCCAUUACCAUCUACCUGCGCAACGACCGCGGCAACCUCCGCACCUACGAUGUCAUGCCCUCCGAGGUGGUCGCCGACUUCAAGAUCCGGGUCCAGCUGAAGGAGCAUGUCCAGCCGGGCCAGUACUGGCUCCUCUACGAAGGCAAGCCCAUGGAGAACGGCACCAUGGCUGACUAUGGCAUCGCUCCCGAGGGCACCAUCUAUCUGAACCUGCGCGUCCGCGGGGGAUGAGGAGCCCAAGGGCCCAGGGAGAGCCACCUGAGGGUCCAGAUGGACCCCAAAGUCUUUACUCAGAAUUGCAAUAGCUUCUUGUGUUGUGUUGUCACCCUUUUGAAUUGAACUCCACAAAGAUCUUUCUUUCACUGUAGGAUGUUUUAGAAAUGUAGCAUCUUCAGGGCAUCCCAUUAAGACCUGUCUAUUGAAUCCCUUUCCACAUUGAAAAAUAUAGAAAUGUGAUGGUGUUAGGGCAUCCAACAAAGACCCUCAAUUGGACCCCUUUCCCUAUAGAAAAGUAUAAAGUAUCUGAGAAAUGUAGCACCUUUAGGGCAUCCCACUAAGACCUCUCUCUUGGACCUCUUUCCACAUAGACAUGUAUAGAAAUGUGAUGGUGUUAGGGCAUCCUACAAAGACCCUCCAUUGGAACCCUUUCCCUAUAGAAAAGUAUAAAGUAUCUGAGAAAUGUAGCACCUUUAGGGCAUCCCACUAAGACCUCUCUCUUGGACCUCUUUCCACAUAGACAUGUAUAGAAAUGUGAUGGUGUUAGGGCAUCCUACAAAGACCCUCCAUUGGAACCCUUUCCCUAUAGAAAUGUAUAGAAUUGUUUUAGAAAUGUACCACCGUUGGGCCAUCCCAUUGGAAGCCUUUUCACACAGAAAUGUAUAAAAUCGUCUUAGAAAUGUACCACCUUUAGGCCAUCCCAUUGGACCCCUUUCCCUAUAGAAAUGUAUAGAAUUGUCUUAGAAAUGUACCACCUUUAGGCCAUCCCAUUGGACCCCUUUCCCUAUAGAAAUGUAUAGAAUUGUCUUAGAAAUGUACCACCUUUAGGCCAUCCCAUUGGACCCCUUUCCCUAUAGAAAUGUAUAGAAUUGUCUUAGAAAUGUACCACCUUUAGGACAUCCCAUUGGACCCCUUUCCCUAUAGAAAUGUAUAGAAUUGUCUUAGAAAUGUACCACCUUUAGGCCAUCCCAUUGGACCCCUUUCCCUAUAGAAAUGUAUAGAAUUGUCUUAGAAAUGUACCACCUUUAGGACAUCCCAUUGGACCCCUUUCCCUAUAGAAAUGUAUAGAAUUGUCUUAGAAAUGUAGCACUUUUAGGUCUUCCCACUGGACCACUUUCCACACACAAAUGUAUAGAAUAGUCUUAGAAAUGUAGCUCCUUUAGGUCAUCCCAUUAGGACCCCUCCAUUGGACCUCUUUCCCUAUGUAAUGUAUAGAAUUGUCUUAGAAAUGUAGUACCUUUAGACCAUCCCAUUUAGACUCCUCCAAUAGACCCCUUUCCACAUAGAAAUGUAUAGAAAUGUGAUGGUGUUAGGACAUCCUACAAAGACCCUCCAUUGGACCCUUUCCCCUAAAGAAAUGUAUAGAAGUCUCUUAGAAAUGUAGCACCUUUAGGCUAUCCCAUUGGACCCCUUUCCACAUAGAAAUGUAUAGAAUUGUCUUAGAAAUCUAGCACUUUUAGGCCAUCCCAUUAGAACUCCUCCAAUGGACCCCUUUCCCUAUAGAAAUAUCUAGAAGUCUUUUAGAAAUGUAGCACCUUUAGACCAUCCCAUUGGACCCCUUUCCACAUAGAAAUGUAUAGAAUUGUCUUAGAAAUGUAGCACCUUUAGAUCAUCCCACUGGACCCCUUUCCCUAUAGAAAUGUCUAGAAGUCUCUUAGAAAUGUAGCACCUCCAGGCCAUCCCAUUAGGACCCCUCCAUUGAUUCCCUUUCCACAUAG